AUGUCAACAGAAACUCCAAACACCAAUACCGCAGAAUCCGAAAGUGGUCUAGCUGGUUCCCCUGCCCCGGGCCCAGCUGCAACCACCGAGGUUCCAGAUGUCGUUAUCGAGGCUGAAGAUCAAACCACCGAUGAAGAUGGAUCCUUGAGGGGCGAGAGUGUUGCAUCCUCAAGCACUAGCGUAACCGACUCAAUUCUUCAGUAUCGCAUCGAGAAUGGACGUACCUAUCACAAGUAUAAGGACGGAAAGUACUAUGUUCCCAACGAUGCCAGAGAGAAUGAUCGACUUGAUAUCCAGCAUAACAUGUUUCUUCUCACCUUUGACGGCCGCCUCGGAACAGCCCCACCAAAUUCUAAGGAUGCCAAGGUAGGCCGCGUCCUCGAUUUAGGAACUGGAACAGGCAUUUGGGCGAUUGAGUUUGGUGACGAGCACCCCGAGGCCGAGGUUCUAGGCAUGGACCUCUCAGCCGCGCAGCCAGAAUUCACACCUCCAAAUGUGAAGUUCGAGAUCGAUGAUCUCGAAGAAGACUGGACGUACUCUCGCCCAUUCGACUACAUCCAUAGUCGAAUGAUGACUUCAAGCGUAGGGGACUGGAAAGUGUACUUGAAAAAGUGCUUUGAUCACCUUACACCAGGUGGGUACGUGGAACUCAAUGAGAUCGAUCUCAAUCCUGGCUGUGAUGACGAUACCCUCAAGCCAGAAUCUGUUCUCUAUAAGUUCGUUCGCUUGUGGGGAGAAGCUGCCGCAAUUUUUGGGAGACCUUUCCAAGACAUCAAAGGUUUAAAAGAUGUUCUGGUCGAAGUAGGAUUCGAAGACGUCCACAUUCAGAGAUUCAAAUGGCCAAGUAAUCCUUGGGCAAAAGAUAAGAAACAUCGUGAGCUAGGGUACUGGAAUUACGACAAUUUUGCGGCUGGUCUGGAAGGCUUUGUCAUGGCACCCUUCACAAGAGCACACAACUGGACACCCCAAGAGGUGACUGUGCUGUGUAUGGAAGUGCGGAAGGAAAUGAAUAACCCGAAUGUUCAUUCCUACUCUUCAAUUUGGUCGAUCUACGGAAGAAAGCCGGAGGCAGCGACCCCGGAUCAUUGA